AUGAACACACGAUCUAAUUUGGACUUACACGCGAUUCCAAUUUCUGAAUUGCAAUAUACAUCUUCUCGUCAACAAACAACAGAUACGUUAGUUCAGUCAACUAAUUCUAUUACAACUAUGGCUACUGUGCAUUCUACUGUUAAAUCAGAUGAUGACCAUGAAAAGACAGAUGUCGAAGCAUUAUGUGAAUAUAAAAAACAACAUUUAAAUGCAAUUAAAAUCUUAACUGCCGAAGAAAUGCUAAAUAUUGAUCAAUGGUUAUUAACUUUAUGUAACACAUAUGAAGAAUUACAUUGUCCAACACUAUUUCGUGUUUACAAUGCUACACAAUAUUUUUUAGAGGAAGAACAAGCUUGGUUUAAACAAGAAAAGAAUACAAUAAAUAAAGAUUGGUCAUGUUUUUGUGAAAAAUUAAAACAACAUGUUUAUAAUAGGCUGAAAUCUUAUGCUGAUAAUUCUUCAAAAGAUCAUUCAAUAGAAUCUUCUAAUGCAAAGAAGCAACUUGAACAAUUUACAUGUGCUACAUAUUCGUCAUCAGACGAUAAUAAUUCAUCGUUUACAUCUCAACUUCCUGUUACCAUGGCUAGGGAGCUUAUACGAACUCCAACUUAUUUUCGUGGUUCCAAAGAUGAUGUUUUAGACUGGUUAGAGAAAUUAGAACAACGAUUUAAAAUGGCAACUUGGGAUGAUGAAACUAAAUUACGAUAUAUUUCUAUACAUUUACAGGAUGAUGCAUAUAGAUGGUGA